UUUUAAGUGCGAAAAUUUUGAAGAUUUCAAGCAACGCGAACGAACCUACUGUUCUAUCUUGGAAACUAUCAUAAAUAUUGGAUACGCCGAAAAUCUUUCGAUAAUACGCAUUUUGUACUAUUUUUAUAGACUUGAUAACUUUGAGAAUGACGUCGUUUAAGAAAAUAAAUACCAAAGUGUUUGCCCGAACAGGACCGGAAUUAACUGAGGACAAUAUAUAUUGGAAAAAAUAUGCGCCUCCAGUUUUAAUAAAAGAAUUUGGUCCGAUAGACUACAUUGAUUUUUCGCCAGUAGAGCCACAUUAUUUCGCAACAACCUGCUCAGUACGAGUACAACUGUAUAAUCCUAUCACAAAAUUAGCUACAAAAACUUACAGCAAGUUCAAAGAAGCUGCAUAUGGAGGUUGUUUUCGUAGAGAUGGCAAGCUGUUGUGUGUUGGUGGAGAAGAAGCAGUGAUUAAACUCUUCAACAUCAGUUCAAAUAGCGUGUUGCGAAUCUUUUCUGGACACAAGGCUGCAGUGCACAGAGUUUUCUUCACAGCAGAUGAUGUUCACGUUGCCUCAUUUUCAGACGAUAAGACUGUAGCUUUGUGGGACAUACCUAGUGAAAAACAAUUGACAAGCUUCAAUGAACAUACAGAUUAUGUCAGAGCCGGCGCAGUGAGUCCUGUAUCCUCUGAUGUGUUACUAUCCGGCGGAUAUGAUAAAAUUGUGAAUAUGUAUGAUGCCAGAACGAAUAAGAAGGUAUUUAGUGUUAAUCAUAACGCACCAGUAGAAAGUUUACUCUUCUUGCCGACUGGAGGAAUAUUUCUAUCAGCAGGUGGGACAGAUAUUAAAGUAUGGGAUGCUCUCGCGGGUGGUAAAUUGGUUGCGAAAAUUACACAACAUCAUAAAACUGUAACUUGCCUGAAAAUUGCUUCUAAUGGUCAUAGAAUACUGUCUGGUUCGUUGGACAGGCAUGUUAAGGUUUACGAUGCUGGAACAUAUAAAACUCUUCAUGCUUUGGAUUAUCCUAAUGCGGUUCUCAGCAUAGGAAUUAGUGUAAGCAGAACAAAUUGUCUUUGCCAUUACCGCGUUAAAUCUACUGUCACAUCUAUACUUAUUUAACCCGGGAAGUCGUCUGGAAUAU